CAUAUGCUUGUACCUGAGUGUGCUUCUCAGCUGCCUUCUGGACUGACUGCCUGCUUAACUCCUAGAUACAGAAAAUGAGAAAAGGCAUGGAUACGUUUCUCAAGGCGUAGGACUGUUCGUUGAGUCAUAUCCCUUGGUCCUAGGGCUACGACAGGCUGCUCUAUGAGACGCAAGGUCCUUCACGAACUCAGCUUGGCAAACCCUGGUGUAAUAUCAAGGUGUGUUUGAUGAGAUGGACGACGAGCCUUUUUCUACAACGCUUGCAUAUACGAAAAGCCCUAAAACAUCCAGAAGAACAACUUUUCAGGAUGAGCUGAAGAAAGCUGUGUCUGCUAGAGCUAACAGGCACAGUUACUCUGAUGACUUUGACGAUGAUGAUGAAGAUGGUAAAGAUAGUGAUGAUGACGCAGACAUACUUAACAAACUCCUUAAGACCCAAAAACAGAAGAAAGAGAGAUUUAAAGCUGGAAAGACGAAAGGCAAAAUCAACGAUUUCAAGCUUUCAGAUGACGAAGAGGAAAAUGUCAAACCCAAAAAAGUGUCUUUUGUGAAAACCAAAAGAACCAGCUCUCCUGUGCACUUUGAUCAGCUGAACAGCACAGGAAGUGCAGACGACCAGCCUAGUUCUCUCCAUUUCACCCAGUCCAGGCAUACCUCUCAAAGUUCAAGCAAUUCUCACGCUCCAGAGAAAAACCAACAGUCAGAUUCCUCCUUUUCCUCCCUAUCUGACAAGUUUCAACCAGGAUCCAGUUUACUCCAGAAGGAAGAACAGUUAAAAUCAAUAACAAAGCUGAGGAAGAGCCUGUCAGAAUCUCCGUUGCCUCUAAACUCGGAGAAUAGCCAAUGGGAGUCGUCCGUCCCUCUUACAUCAGAUGGCUCACAGUGGGACAGUCCAUUGCCUUUGCCUUCAGAAAAAAAUGAGCAUAACCAAAUGACUGGUAAAGAUGGUGAACUGCCCGUUCCUCAACCCAGGGAGAGAAGUGUUAAACCAAAACUCCCUACAGGUUGUCUUGCUCAAGACACGUCACCCAGACCCAAACCCAGGCAGAGGACAGCAAACACGUGUGACACUGGUCAGUUAGAAGAGGAAACACAAGCAGAGACCACUGCCUGCAGCAGAACAGCCACAUCCUCUAUGUCUAUAGCCCUCUCCAACACAUUCUCUACUGAGAAGAGUCAAACCUCUACCAAUGACAGCGUUCUGAGUCCAGAUGAGGACCAGGCGAUGUCGGAAAAGUCCAAGACACAGUCUUCUUCAACAGCAGAGCAAAUAUUCCAGUUUCCGGACACUGUGGGCAGUGCCGCCACAGAAGAGAGCAAAGAGAGAAAUUACUCAACAUCUUUUGAAGAGAAGCAUGAGAUUUCCCAGGGUGAUCUAGACCGAAUGUCUAGGAAAUCAACGGACAGACCUUCAAGCUCUCGCUCAUCCAGUGCCAGAAAAUCCAAGAGCUCAUAUACAGCGGAGUCUAAAUACCUGGGAACAUUGAAGGUUUUGGAUCAGAGGACUCAGGAGACCCAACUGCUUCCAGAAGCAGCAGAUUCACUAAGAGCUGCUGUGUAUCAGGAAUGGCUAAAAAAGAAAGAAGAAACUUUAAAAAUAACAAGGAAGGCAAAAAAGCAGGAAGAGAAAUCUAAAGAGGAGAGGAUGCAAGAGGAAAGGCUUGCUAAAAUUGCAGAUGCAAAGGCUUCUUAUGAUGCCUGGAAAGAGAAAAAAAGUGAAGUCAUCAAAAAAAACGUCAAAGAAAAGCAGGAGGCAGUCAAGCAACAACAAAUGGAAAUGGAUAAAAAGCACGAAAAAAAGGAAACCGCAAAACAGGUUUUUGAGAAGUGGAAAGAGGAGCAUGAUGGUAUCCUGAAAGACAGAAUAAGGCAAAAGAAACAGACUGAGAGAAGACAGAAACUACAGCAGGUCAAAGAGAAAGAAGAGAGGAAGAAGGACUCUAUCUCUGCAUUCGCUGAAUGGAGUGACCAAAAGAAAGAUGUUAUUGAAGAGAAGAUAAGGGCAGAGCGCAGGAAAGAGAAGAUAAAGGAAGUGGAGGAGAAAUAUGAAAAGGAGGAAAAAGAAAAAAUGGCCUUGGAGAUGUAUGAGAAAUGGCUGAAAAGAAAAGAGUUUCAACAAAAAAGAGAGCAAAAUGAAAAGAGGAUACAGGCUAUUCUUCAAGAUGAGCCCCCUCCACCCUGGAGCCCACCUAAUAAAACUAUACCAUUUGGAAAAUGAGCGUUA